CACAGGUGAUUCUGUACACUCUGAUGAUGUCUGACAGAUACCGUCGUGAUGUGGGUCAAGGGCUGCUCUGCUACCUCAACAAGGACGGCAUGGUGGGCGUAACACCCUCAAACAUGUACCGACGUAAGACUCUCAAAACUUGCAUCCAGCACAACGCUACAUGCGAAGGAGGCGAUGGAGUGAGCACUGGCUAUCCCGAGGGGCUGUUUGACACACUGACGGGGCACCUGACAGACGCGCACAAGACCUUCAUAGCCAGAUGGGUCAAUCUCAUCGAUCUCGAAUCCAGAUCCAUAUCCGGGAAACAGAAGGAGACCUGGAGCAUGGACGCCUACAAAAGAGAACGCGCACGCCGAUGCAUCAGUCACCUGCAACUGACUGUGGAUAGCCAGCUGAAGAAGCAGAUUGACAACAUGGUGGCCUUGCGCAGCUUUUCAGUGGGCGAGUGCUUCACUUACACCUUUACGCGCCAUGCCUCCCAUCCGGAACUGCAG